AGGAGGAAGAUCAGGAGGAGGAGGAAGAAGAGGAAAAAAGAGAAAAAGAAGAAAUAUCACAGGAAAAAAAAAAAAAAAACUCUUCGUUGUCUUGCCUGGGCUUUUUUUUCCCCCUAAAAAUAACAUUGGAAAAUUGGGAGAAGUCUCCUUGGUUUGGAAAAAAAAAAAAAAAAAAACAGGAAUCUUCAGCCUAGAUCACUUUCUUAUCCGGACUGGGAUAUUAAAUAUACGACACAUCCAGGAGUUUAUUGGAGCGCAGACUGAUGGCGCAAAGGUACGAUGAGCUGCCCCAUUACGGCGGGAUGGACGGAGUAGGGGUGCCUGCUUCCAUGUACGGAGACCCUCACGCGCCGCGGCCGAUCCCUCCGGUUCACCACCUGAACCACGGGCCGCCGCUUCACGCCACGCAGCACUACGGCGCUCACGCCCCGCACCCCAAUGUCAUGCCGGCCAGUAUGGGAUCCGCUGUCAACGACGCCUUGAAGCGGGACAAGGACGCGAUCUAUGGGCACCCGUUGUUUCCUCUGUUAGCUCUGGUCUUUGAGAAGUGCGAGCUGGCGACCUGCACUCCGCGGGAACCCGGAGUGGCCGGCGGAGACGUCUGCUCCUCCGACUCUUUCAACGAGGACAUCGCGGUCUUCGCCAAGCAGGUUCGCGCCGAAAAGCCACUUUUUUCCUCAAAUCCAGAGCUGGACAAUUUGAUGAUACAAGCAAUACAAGUACUAAGGUUUCACCUUUUGGAGUUAGAAAAGGUCCAUGAACUGUGUGAUAACUUCUGCCACCGGUACAUUAGCUGUUUGAAGGGGAAGAUGCCUAUAGACCUCGUCAUUGAUGAAAGAGACGGCAGCUCCAAGUCGGAUCACGAAGAACUUUCAGGCUCCUCCACAAAUCUCGCUGACCAUAAUCCUGCAUCUUGGCGAGACCACGAUGAUGCAACUUCCACCCAUUCAGCAGGCACCCCAGGGCCCUCCAGUGGGGGCCAUGCGUCCCAGAGUGGAGACAACAGCAGUGAGCAAGGGGAUGGUUUAGACAACAGUGUAGCUUCACCUGGCACAGGUGACGAUGAUGAUCCAGACAAGGACAAAAAACGUCAGAAGAAAAGAGGCAUUUUCCCCAAAGUAGCAACAAAUAUCAUGAGAGCAUGGCUCUUCCAGCAUCUCACACAUCCGUACCCUUCCGAAGAGCAGAAGAAACAGUUAGCUCAAGACACAGGACUUACAAUUCUCCAAGUAAACAACUGGUUUAUUAAUGCCAGAAGAAGAAUAGUACAGCCCAUGAUUGACCAGUCAAAUCGAGCAGGUUUUCUUCUUGAUCCUUCAGUGAGCCAAGGAGCAGCGUAUAGUCCAGAGGGUCAGCCCAUGGGGAGCUUUGUGUUGGAUGGUCAGCAACACAUGGGAAUCCGGCCUGCAGGUUUGCAGAGCAUGCCAGGGGAGUACGUUUCUCAGGGUGGUCCUAUGGGAAUGAGUAUGGCACAGCCAAGUUACACUCCUCCCCAGAUGACCCCACACCCUACUCAAUUAAGACAUGGACCCCCAAUGCAUUCAUAUUUGCCAAGCCAUCCCCACCACCCAGCCAUGAUGAUGCACGGAGGACCCCCUACCCACCCUGGAAUGACUAUGUCAGCACAGAGUCCCACAAUGUUAAAUUCUGUAGAUCCUAAUGUUGGUGGACAGGUUAUGGACAUUCAUGCCCAGUAGUAUAAGGGAACUCAAGGGAAAAGGAAACACACGCAAAAACUAUUUUAAGACUUUCUGAACUUUGACCAGAUGUUGACACUCAAUAUGAAAUUCCAGACAGCUGUGAUUAUUUUUUACUUUUUGUCAUUUUUCAUCAAGCAACAGAGGACCAAUGAGACAAGAACACAAAUGUGAAAUCAUGGGCUCACUGAGACAAUUCUGUCCAUGUAAAGAUCCUCUGGAAAAAGACUCCGAGAGUUAUAACUACUGUAGUAUAAACAUAGGAACUAAGUUAAACUUGUACAUUUCUGUUGAUCACUCCGUUAUGUUGCCUCAAAUAGUUUUAGAAGAGAAAAAAAAAUAUAUCCUUGUUUUCCACACUAUGUGUGUUGUUCCCAAAAGAAUGACUGUUUUGGUUCAUCAGUGAAUUCACUAUCCAGGAGAGACUGUGGUAUAUUUUAAACCUGUUGGGCCAAUGAGAAAAGAACCACGCUGGAGACCUUGGUGAACGUUUGGCUGAACCUCAUCCCUCGGACUCCGGCUUCAAGAAUGUGUUUUCAUGCCCGGCCUUUGUUCCUCCAUAAAUGUGUCCUUUAGUUUCAAACAGAUCUUUAUAGUUUGUGCUUCAUAAGCCAAUUCUUAUUAUUAUUUGGGGGGACUCUUCUUCAAAGAGCUUGCCAAUGAAGAUUUAAAGACAGAGCAGGAGCUUCUUCCAGGAGUUCUAAGCCUUGGCUGUGGACAAAACAAUCUUGAGUUGGGCAGCUUUCCUCAACACACAAAAAAAGUUAUUAAUGGUCAAGUACCAGAACUAGGACUUUAUCAGAAACUCAAAGCUUGGGGGAUAAAAAGGAGCAAGAGAAUACUGUAACAAACUUCGUACAGAGUUCGGUCUAUUAAUUGUUUCAUGUUAGAUAUUCUAUGUGUUUACCUCAAUUGAAAAAAAAAAAAAGAAUGUUUUUGCUAGUAUCAGAUCUGCUGUGGAAUUGGUAUUGUAUGUCCAUGAAUUCUUCUUUUCUCAGCACGUGUUCCUCACUAGAAGAAAAUGCUGUUACCUUUAAGCUUUGUCAAAUUUACAUUAAAAUACUUGUAUGAGGACUGUGACGUUAUGUUAAAAAAAAAAGUGUUAAGUCACAAAAUGCGGUAAUAAAUAUUUCAUUUUUGA